ACUCCUCGUCACUUGAGCCGCUGACGUCACCUGGGAAGGACGCACGCACCUCUCUCUCCUGCCAACUCCCUAAAACUCCUUCUAAACCUUCCAAAAUGAGUGCAGAGAAUCCGAUUUACUCCCCCUUCUUCGGCGUGAUGGGGGCCGCCUCAGCCAUCAUCUUCAGCUCACUGGGGGCCGCCUACGGGACAGCCAAGUCCGGCGUGGGUAUUGCAGCCAUGUCUGUGAUGCGGCCAGAGCUCAUCAUGAAGUGUAUCAUCCCCGUGGUCAUGGCUGGUAUCAUUGCCAUUUACGGCCUGGUGGUGGCGGUGCUGUUGGCCGGCAAGCUGGACGCGGCUGAUGCUGGUUACUCCCUCUACUAUGGUUUUGUUCACCUGGGUGCUGGCCUGUCUGUGGGUCUUUCUGGUCUGGCCGCUGGGUUCGCUAUUGGAAUCGUUGGUGACGCUGGUGUGAGAGGAACCGCCCAGCAGCCUCGUCUCUUCGUGGGCAUGAUCCUUAUCCUUAUCUUCGCUGAGGUGCUGGGUCUGUACGGCCUCAUCGUGGCCAUCUACCUCUACACAAAGACCUCCUCGUAAGUAGUGAGGCCAGCCAGGGCGCCUCCUCUCCUCCUGAGGCCCCUGUUCCCUCUCCAGAAGCAGCCACACACACACACACACACACACACACACACACACACACACACACACACACACACACACACACACACACACACAGCCAGCCAGCCAGCCAACCAGCAAGAUCAGUUUGGCGGCUCGUUUAUUUUAGCCAAGUGAAAACGUGCGGCUCUCCCUGCCCCUCCUUGUCCAUUCCCCACGUGACGUCAGUUAUUGAUGUGAAUAUUUUACUGUUAUAAAUAACAUAUACAUAGAUAUAUAUAAAUAUAUUUAAUCAUUCGUGGUGUGCGGAGAGAGACCAUCGCAUUAUUUUCUGGGGCCUUUAUUUGCCAAGCCAGAACGCGGCUAACCUGUGUAUGUAUAAAUGUAUAAAUUGUGAUGCUACCUUUUCUGUCCUUCCUCUACUUUUUCUCUCUUCCUUUCCCCACUACCACCUCCAAAUUCUCUUCCCCAUAACCUCCUAUUACCACCACCACCACCACUGCUGCCGCUGCUGCUGCUCUAGUUUGCCGCAAAUCAAACAGCCCAGCGAGGCCCCUUCCCCCACUGACCCACCCUGACGUUUGCAUCUCAUUUCAAGGCUGUUAAGUUGUCUUCCUGUGUGUGGCGAAGCGGGCCGGUAACCUCCCAUGACAUUUUGGGCAAUUCUACGCCAGAAUUCCUCAGGGUGACAGAUCUACCACCCUGGUUAGCUCCCUGGUGUUUUUUUUUUCCCCCAUUAGGCAAGUGUAGAUUGAACAAUCAGACAGAUAAUUAUAAUGUAAUCAGCGCAAAGAUAAAAUGCACAAAAAUAUCCAGAUCUCCUCUCCCAUCAACCCCUCCUUCCCUCAGCCCCUCAAUUGAUCACUGGCAGAUAUUUAUGGGGAUGGCUGGCACACACACACACACACACCUGCAGGACACCUCAUGGUUGUGUCACAUAUGUUUUAGCCCCACACAGACUGGGAAAGCCUUAGACCAGCUGGCAAUACAUAGAAUGGGGCAUGUCCUGCAUUACCUGUGUGUACAUGUGCCUGAAACAUACACACUCGUACGUACAUCCCUGCACACCUAGAUAAAGACACUACAACUCUAUCUGCAAGGUAUAUGAUUUAGAAUAUGUAGUGCAGAACAAGCCAGCGUCCGUAAGUGAUUCUUAGCGAAGAAGUGUUUACUAUAUGGGUUUGUUGAUAGUGUUGCCAUAGACCCAUAGAGGGUGUGUAGGAAAGGUUAGGGAGAGAAAGAGAGCGGUGAUAAUAAUGAGUGAUAAUGUGUGGCAGAGAUCCACCCACUGGCCCUUUGCUGGAGUACAUGGCAAGACAUCAGUGGUCUUUAUUUAUUAGCGUGUGGUCCUGCCUGGUCUAUUGCAGCCUCGGCACACCACCACCACCACCAGGCAGGCCAGCCGGUCAGACUAGCCAUUUGUGAUGAUUGUUGGUGAUUCAGUAGUUAUCUUUAGUGGGAAGUCUGCAACUACCUUGUAUAUUUUAUCCCUAAUCAUAUAUAUUUUUUCUCCUUUAGUUAGGUAUAGGAUACUGUUGGGAAUAAAAAUGAAUUACCGCAGCUGAAACUUAGGAAAAUUUAACAUUCCGUAUGUAUGUGGCAUGCACGUGGCCCCGGUGUGUGGCAUGUCAGGCCGUGUGUCGUGUCAUAUCCCUGGCAAGACACGACUCUGUGCUGUGUGUUGCCAGAGGAAUGGCGUGGCCUGCGGGAGACGUGCCGAUGCCGGGGCAACACAGCGUGCAGUGUGCCGUGCUUUCCAUCUCCCUGUCCUGUGGAUGGCCCUGGUUGUCAAUUGUUACAAGGUGUGUGCUCUGUAUAAAUGGUAUUGAAUAUGUAAUGGUAUAUUGUUAAUAAAAAAGUUGUACUCGGUAA